AUGUUCAAAAAGCCGAGCGACGUUCGCGGGCAGCAGCGUCUGUCAGGAGCGGACAGGAAGAAGCUUCGGCGAAACAUCCGAGACAAGUUUCCAGGCGCCACUGACGAGCAGCUGGACGCGAUCCUGCCGCCCAAGGCUGACGUGGCGGUGACGAGGCUGGUGAAUCGCGUGCUGGUGUACGGACUCGAGAGCGGGCUGCCCAUGCUCUUCGACUGCGACGGCCGCGGCAGCGAGAUCUACCCCACUGUGUUUGCGCUGUGGCGUGUGCCUGACCUGGUGCCGUCCUUCCUGCUCAAGGGCGGGGAGAUGGGUGGGGAGGUCUCGCGCUACGUGCUGUCAGGGGCUGAUCUCAUGGCGCCAGGCGUGCAGGUGCCCGCCGAAGGCCUGCCAGGGUUCCGACCAGGGGAGGUGUGGUCCGUGAAGGUUCCAGGAAACUCCUGCCCCAUUGCAGUGGGCAUAACGAUGGUGGGCAGUGCAGAGGCCGUGAGAGCCGGCAUGAGGGGAAAGCUGCUCCGAAUAACCCAUUACUACUGCGACUCGCUCUGGGAGACAGCAGAGGGCUCGUACGUCCCCAACAGGGGUUUCCUGACGGACCUGGUUGUACCCGACCCUGAUGCCGCAUCUGCUUUGUCAGAGGGAGCAGCACCUGAAGAUUCACCUGAUGGCGGCCUGGGUUCUGCUGGCGCUGGAGAGGGGGAGGGCGAAGCGGGGAGGGGUGAUGAGGGGAGAGAGGAUGUUGCUGGGGAUGGGACAGCAGCAGCAGGAGAGGGAGCAGCAGGAGCAGCAGCAGUGGCAGCAGCAGCAGCUUCAUCAGGUCACCUGUCAGAAUCUCUGCAGCAUCUGGGCAUGCAUGACACCACUGCUGCUGCUGAUAACUCUGAUGCUGCUGUCAGGGGCUGCGAGGGGGAACAAACAGCAGCAGCUGCUGCAGAUGAAGCCGCACCAGCAGCACCAGCAGCAGCAGAAGCAGCAGCAGCAAUGACGCCAGCACAGAUGGACGAGUUGUUGGAUCGCUGUCUGCUGCAGGCCCUCUCCGUCUCUGUCAAGCCCGCCCACCUGCCCCUGGGAGCUAGCACUCUCUGGUCCAAUCACGUGCUGCCAUGUCGGCCGCCUGGCACAACAGUGGACAUCAAGAAGUCGUCUCACAAGAAGCUGAGCAAGUGGCUGCAUGCCAAGGCCGUUGAUGGGUUGAUAAGCGGCAAGGAGGACAAGCACCGAAAGGAGUUCAUCCUCUCCGCUGUCAAUUACCGCCACCCGACCCUCAUCGCCUUCACGCCAGACAAGACAAACAAGCCCCCCCAGACCCCUGCUGCUGCAACCCAAGACACAUCCCCAACCGCACCUGGAGCACCGACCACCACCGCCACCACCACCGCAACCACCAGCAGCAGCGGUAGCGGCAGCAGCAGCAGUGGAGGGCUGACAGUAGAGGAGGUAUUCAAACCUACCCACCACGUGUCAGCCAUUUUCGAAGCCGUAGGGCUUGACCCACACGCCUACUAUUCCCCCUCGGCUGCUCGUGAAGCUGCUCUCAACUACAUCUCUCUCCACUCCCUCACCAAGCCCUCCGACCCCUCUAUAGUCAUCCUCGACGCACCGCUCUGCGACGCACUGUACAAAGGCGCGAUAAAAAAGGGCGCCGCGUACCCCACGGAAUGCCACAAGCGGGACGUGGGUCCGACUAUAGUGAAGCGCAUGCAGGCGCAUCACAGGGUGGAGAGAGCUUCUAUUGGGAAAAGCAUCGUGCGCAAGGGAGGGUUGGUGCCGGUGCACAUUCUGGUGGAGAGGCGGCAGGGCAACAAGAAGGUGACGCGCGUGUCGGGGCUGGAGGCUUAUCUGGUGGAGGCUGAGCCUCUCGCUGCUGAGCUGCAGAGGAAGUUUGCUUCGAGCACCUCAGUGGCUGAAGUGCCAGGCAAGAAGGGGCAGCACGAGGUGCUGAUUCAGGGAGGCGUGUUGGAUGAACUGGCUCGGCUGCUAGUAGACGUGCAUGGCAUUCCCAAGUCCCAUAUAGAGGUACUCGAUAAGACAAGGAGGUGA